AUGGAGUGCAGAGGCGAGGGUUUUAGGAGAGGGAAGACAACAGCGAAAUGCAGUGCGAAGAGUGAGGGUUUUAGAAUGGGCGCCCGACACCGACCCGUCAUAUUCGUGCGGCCCAAUUCGAGCAACUCACCCUUUGUUUCGGAGCACAACGCAAAAACAAGACAUAGUGAUGUUAAAAGUGUGUGA